AUGGCUCCCAGGACAACAGGCCACAGGAUUGUCGGGACGAUGGCGAGUGGAUCCACCAGACGACCUCGAGUCCGGAGACCCACCCAAACCCAGAUCGCUGCCAAAGCUCGCUUCCUGCGGAACAUUGAAGCAGGUCGUCAAAUGGGUCUGAUUCCUGAAGCGCAAACACCUCCAACAACCGAGGCGAACGGUGACACAGCUAUGGGAACGGAAGAGGCAAACGGACCAACUCACCAGCCCGCUUUUGAAGGCAAUCAACAAAACCAGUGGGAAGAUUACGACCCCAUUUUGGCCCAUGCAAGCUAUCAUCGUAUGCGUCGUUAUGCCGAGCGGCAAGAGUCAAUUAGUGCACAAUGGGCCCAACUAGAAACCGCAGUAACAUCAGCAUUUUUAGAUUGUCAGGACAAAACAUUGAACUGGACCUGUGUCCCAACAGCAGUGGAUGUGCCCUUGGACUCGUGUACUUGCUUGCCCAAUGAGAUCGAAAGCCGUAAAGUGGACCUGAUUGACAUGCUCUGUAUGUUCUUCAGCUCCUCUCAUGAUCUCACUUAA